AUGCCACCGAGACGUCGACGUGGACGUGGACGUGGUCCACGAGUAGGGCGCAAUGGGGAGGAACGGUCCGAGAAGAGUGUUGGAAAUCAACCCCCGCCACCACCACCACCCCCACCUCCACCUCAAGAAAAAGGAUACAUCAAGACAUUUUUGAAGCAAAACCCCCCACAGUUUGAUGGACUUGGAGAGCCACCAAAGGCAGAGGCCUGGAUACGCGCCCUCGAGCGUAUAUUAGAGUUUAUGGAGUGCACAGAUAGGGAACGUCUCGCUUGUGUGACUUUUCAAUUAACUGGGCCUGCCGAUUUUUGGUGGGAUACUAAGCGAAGAACAAUGAAUCCCGCACGCCGUGAGGCCCUGACAUGGAAUGAAUUCAAGGAGGAGGUGUACAAUAAGUACAUUCCCAUGAGCUACAGACGGGCAAUGAUAGUUGAGUUCCACACCCUAAAACAAGGAAGCAUGACGGUGACGGAGUACGACCGUGCUCUUUGUGAAAUGACCCGAUAUGCACCCGAGUUGGUAGACACAGAUGAGAAAAUGGCCGAAAAAUUUCGUUCUGGUCUUAGACACGAAAUAAGGGUAGCCGUGGCCAGCCGUAGAGGAGUUACAUACUCUGAGAUUUUGAGUUGCGCUUUAGAUGUGGAAGAGGCACUGCCUAAGGAUGAGACGGUAGCGAAUCCUACACCACCAAAAACAUAA